AAAAAUAACGCUUCGUAGCAGACAGUUGUGUCUGCUCCUGUUUGUUAUUACUGGCCAUUCCGGCCCAGAUAAAUUUUAAUUUCUCCCAGAUAUCGGCGCAGCUCAUUGAAGUGUGGAGAUGCCUUGAAAUUCUUGCAACGGGGACACGUCGCGUGCACAGGAAUGGAACGUACUACAACAAUCCGAGCCUCUUUCGAGUGAAAGUGAAGUGAUUGCUACCGUGAAACUGUGACAUAUUCGUCGGCGCCGUGUCCUUCUGCAAUUACUGCGAGCAACAUGAAGGCUGUGUCUGCUAACAAAUGUGACUUGAAUACGAAACCGUCGGCUACGACGGAAAAUACCGCAGACAGUAGUCAGGAAUGGUACGAAACGGACCUUCAGUUAGCGGCAGAAUUGGGAAAGACAUUGCUCGAGAGGAACCAGGAACUGGAAGAAACGGUUCGUCAGCAGCAGCUGCUCAUCGAGGAACAAGCGCAAGAAAUAGAGUAUCUGAGCCGCCAGACGGUGAGCCUGAGGGAGGUGAACGAAUCUCGGCUGAAAAUCUACGAACAGUUGGAGCAGAAUGUGGCCGAACUGGAGAAGUCCAACCAGAGGCUACAACAGGAAUCUCGAGCUGAUAAGAAACGAAUCAAAAGUCUGUGCACGAGCGUAGACAUCUUAGAAAAGAAAUGCGAGGAACUCCAAGAAGUGGCCGACAGCCUCAACUCUUCUUCGAGGAAGAAGCCUUCCCAGACGUCCGACGGUGAUGAGGAUGAGGAAGAAGACCUCGGGAAAAAUUGCGCCCAUGACGCCGACGCUGCCUUCGCAGGCUUCGAGGAAAGUCCUUUCGAAAGUGAGGUGGUUCGGCUGCGGUCUGCACUGUCCAGAUUUAAGUGCCAAAUUGCCAAAGAACACGAGCAAAAGGAAGAAAUGCAAGCGGAGAUCGACAGCCUUAUUCAGGAGAACAUGCAUCUACAAGAGCAAGUCCUCGCAUCUCAAGAGAGGGAACAUCAGUGCCUCAACUUGCAGAUGGAAAUGGACCUGUUGGACGAUAAGAACAUGUGCCCCAGCUGCCGCAUAUUCACGGCGUCGAACCAGCACCCAGGAUGCGAACCCGAAGAGGAACUGGCGGAGCUCGACCACUUCGCCAUGAUGCAGCUGAAAAACGGAGUCGUCGUCUACGGAGACCAGGACAGCCUACCAGCGGACGUCGAGGCCACCGCCAUCGCUACGAACCCGUCCGCGGGGGACGCGACGCAGACGCAGGACGCCGAGAACCAAGUCUCCCUUCUUAGUGAGCUCGACACGCAGUACAGAGCGCUGAUCGAAAAAUACGAGGCCCUUCUUGACGCUAGAUGUAGAUCGCUGAACGACGAGCGCCUAGCCAGGUCACCGGACAUGGCCGGCAAAAAGGGAGACUACGCGUCCCUCUCGACGAUGAGCGAUACAGAGUCCGCGGAAUCAUCUCUCUCGUCUGGUUUUUCAGAGCCGACGGAAAACCGUUGCCUGGCCGACCAGGCUGUCCAAACGGAACUCUCGGUCGAGGAGCGGAAGUCGUCGUCGACGUUGAACCUGACGGCUGUCGUUGAUCCGGUCAGUCAACGUUUCACGCACAGUCCGCCGGAAUACAAGAAGCUCUUCGCCGAGAUAUUUGCCGUUCUCAAGCAAACCGUGCAGGACAAAAUCGAAGUGCUGCCGGAAGUUCCCGAAAGGAAGGACAUGGCUACGAGCCCCAUAAAGAGGGCGGAUCCCGCGAAGAGAGCAACGUCCGAAGCUAAACCUCCGGUGGCGGCGAUGAAGGUGCGGAGGAAGUUGAACACCAGUCUGGACCUGAGCAAGUUGUGCGACAUCGAGAAGAAACACGGGCCGACGUUUCCGUUCGUAGCGGUGCAGAGCGCGAAGGUCCAGUCGCCGGGGAGCCUAACGUACGCCGAGGCCGUCAGGAAAGGAUGUAUACACAGACACAGAACGCAAGCACGUCUGCCAAAAUGAGAUUCUGUUGCGUUUGUCAGGGACUCUGCCGAGGGACUCCCUUCUCAGGACAGUAUUUUUUUUUUUUUUAACGACGUACGGAGUUCGUGGAAGUAUUACGGUUUUUCGGAAUGUCACGUAUGCUCGAGCCGAUGUGUAUAUUUAAGACGGCAAACUUGUACAUAAAGGAAAAAACAUAUCUCCCGACACGACGGAACAGGUUGGAGAACUUCUGCGCAUUUUACGUGGAUUACUACGGGAAUGAACCUGAAAGCUUGAAGUGCCAAUGAGCGGGGACAGGCUCAGUAUUUGUUUUUUUUUUUAUGCCAUGCGAGACUUCCUCUGUAUUACUUGGAAGACAAAAAAAAAGCAAAGAAUAAAUAUUGUUUCUUUUUA